CACCAAAUCCGUGGAGAGAAUGCAUCGGGUUCGGCGGAAGACUCGGGUUGCGAUUCGGCGCCGUGAACCUCUCGAUCUUCCGGACUUUCCCCCACCGCAGCUCCCACGUGGUUCGCCUCCGCCUCUUAUUUCCCGCAUUGGGUUUCUAAUCGUGGCAUCUUCUUUUUUGUGGGGCUUUAAUUGCGGUGCUUUUCAAUCAUGUCCUUUGGAAUACGCUUCCUGUGCUGUUGGGGCCUUUGUUGGUCGUAACAUAUCAUCACGCCCGAGAAUUGGGUUCGUUGGAUGCUGCUUCGAACGAGCCAGCCAGCGACCAAGCGAGAGGUGUUUGUGUCUCAUGGAAGCGCGCUUGUUGUUGGUGGAGUUGGUGAAGAGCCAGGCAUAAGUAGAUCUGGGGGAUUGGUUACCGAGUUACGAGUGGAGGCAGACUAUGCUACGACCUGGAGCCGCCGGUGUUGGUUUUGGUUGACGACGCGUAGUGCGUGUUGGCGCAGCACCAUUCCCCUGGUGUAUGAGAAUUUGCAGGUCCAGAAUUGUGAUGAGCUUCAGGCAGAGGAAUGCGCCGUCUUGCAUGAAUUCACAGUUCUAAAUUAUCCUUGUGCUUGGAAAUAUGUCAGUUGCAGAGUGAAGGGGGAACGGAUUCUGACAUGGUUUCCAAAAGGUCAAUUGUAUUCUAAUUUUGCCUCUACCGAAUGUGAUCUUGUGCUCAAGGUUUGGAAUUCGAACGGAAGGGUUUCUUAGAAUGCGCAAACUCUCGAGUUGGAGUGGCAGAUUUGGGUGUGAUCAGCUGGGCUAGAGUGCACUUAUUCCACUAUGGGAGCCGAAAGUAUCGCUUUAGUAGAGGAAAGCAUCGAUGCUCAGCUACGCAAACCAGACAAAGCUGAAGUCUUAGAUUUCGCCCUACUAGACAAACCAGUGAAGGAGGAUUUUGAUUUCGGUAAUAGCAAUGGUAGCUCAGACUCGAUUUUGAGCACCAGGACAAAGGAUAAGUUAAGCCAAGUUCCGAAUGACUUGAAACCCGAAUCUGAGCCGGAAUCCGUUGGAAACGGCAAUGUCGAUGCGGAUAAAUUCACGGCUGGAGAAGUUACAACCAAGGAUGCUGACAAAACCGAUGUUGACACCGGAAAGAGGUCAACUUCAUUUGAACUCGCUGAUAACCCUGUUUCAAUUACGUCAGGGGAUGCGCUACCUCCGACUCCAUCCAUCGAAGAGGAUACACAUAUUGUUUCUACUACCAGUGAGGAUGACGACGCCGCCUUAGAGGCUGCUCCUUCAAUUGUGCAAGAAUCACCUGUUAGGGUCAGCAUAGCCAGUGUUACUGAGGAUAUGGAGGAUAUAAGCCUUGAUAACGACCAGGAACAGAGUACUACUCCUGCUGAGAAUGUGGUUGUAUCACCCGAGUCGCAAUUGGGUGGGGACAACUCGAAAGCAGUUGAAAGCAGCAAUAUACAGAGUACCCAGGUAGAGGGGCAGGCCCUCCUCAAAAAAUCUUCCCCUCAACUGGUAACAAAUCGGUCAAAUAGUGAUGACCCUGAUGCAGCUGGUGGAAGCACCAAGCAGAUUGCUACGCUUCUUAAAGCCAAGGCUGAUGAUUCUGACGUGGCUGACAGAAUCAGCAACCAGAAUGCUACGGUUUUGAAAGAGGACUCAACAGCUGAGCUGCAGUCAAGCACUGCCAACUUGCCAGUGGGUGAGGGGAGCAUCAAGCAGGAUGCUAGCAUUACCACGGAAGCUCCUGCAGCUGAAUCACAGUUAGCCAUCAAAGAAUCCCCAGUAGCCGAAUUGCAGGUACAAGCAGAGACAAUCAAGCCUGUCAAGAGGAUAGAACACGAAUACAACUUGGCGAGCGCAACUGAAUCGCUGCCGACGUCAAGAUUUGCAAGCGCUUCGGAGAUUCAGGAAGCAUCUGAACCUGCAAUUCCUCCACCGGCAAGAACUGGAUCAUCAGUAAUCAGGCUUACGAGACAAAUGUCUCAGGUUUCCGUGGGCAUGGGACCGAUGUCUCCAAGAUUUGAACUUCGUGCCGCCAAGGAAAUUCAGAACUUGCAGGAAAAAGUGAAAAACCUGGAAGAAAUGUUGAGAAGAAAGUGUGCGGCUCUUGAAACCCAAAGCAUCAAUCACGUAGAGAAGGAGAAUGAGUUGCUGAACAAGGUCAAAUGCUUGGAACUUGCAAACGAGCAGUUGCUGCAAGGUGGAAAUGACUCAAGCAUCCAACUGCAGAUGGAACUGACACGCCUCCAGCGUCAAAAUUCAAUGCUUCAACUCCGCGAACGUGAGCUGCAAUUCCAAUUUACACAAGAAAUGAUGAAGACCCAAAUACUGGACACAAGGCCAACCAAGCCGGAGCCGAUUAACCUAGUCGAAGAUCUUGAAUCCAAAGUUGCAGUUCUGGAGUCGAAGCUUGCGGAAGCUGUCGAAGUGAGAAACAUGUACAAACUUCAGCUCCAUGAGGCCUUCACCAGGCAAAAUUCUGUGCAAUCCGCUGCUCUGUUGAACCUUGAUGGGGACGAUGUGUUGAAAGAGCUUCAGAAGUUGAGAAAACAGACGAAGGAUCUGGAGGCCGAGCUUCUCGACUUACAGGACCGGUUUUUCAUCACCACAGUGCGGGUCGCUGAGGCUGCUGCUCAGAAAGAAGAGCUCCUUUCAAAACUGAAGAGGUUACAAGGCUCAAGGUAGUCUGUGUGGGGUUUUUUUUGAAAUAUAGUAGCUGCGCUGGAAGAUCCUACGCCAAGACCCGUGUUCUCCCUGCUGGAAUAGGUCAUGGUCAUGUACCCAGAAGGCCCUUACGUCACAAAAUGCUUCAGCUUUCAUGGAUGUGAGCUUCUGAUCAUGAAGUUUUGUGGCAAAUUCAAUUGCGUAGUUAGGUCGGGGCUCUUCAAACCCUGGACAAAGUGAAAUGAACAAAGGAGAGAGAUAGAGAGAGAGGUUUUGCUUUCUUCAACAAGAGGUCCCAGGCUCACCUGAUUCCGGAGUCUUUCGAUCAAACCUUGGGCCUGAGCGGAGCAGGCAUCGAAAACUGGAUUAGUACGUCAAAUGCAUCGCUGCAAUGCUGUGCUGUAGAAAGGUGAGUCAAGCUGGUCUUCUGAAAUGUAACGUCGAAAGCUCUGAAGCAAAUAAAAAGAUUUGAGAUUAUUAGAUUUGCA